CAACACAAAUCAAAUGGCGGAAGCCUCCAGCCUUCCUGAGGAAAUAUGGUUUCACAUAAUUGUGUACCUUGUACAUAUUCAGGAUAUUCUUAAUUUAGGAUGUAUAUUCAAAUCAAAAUGGAUAUUCUUAAUUUUAGGAUGACGGGAACGUCAUUUCAGAACGUAGAAGACUGUUGGUCGCGUUGUGUUGAAAAGUAACAAAUCAAAAUGUUGGAUCAUGGAAAACCACUCGAAGGACAACGUUUUUGAGGGUGUAACAAAGAGGAUAGUUUACAAUUUUUUCUAUGAUUUGUAUCGCUGUCAUUUCGUUUCGUGCUUCUAGAUUUUAGCACUACUCGUUUUUCUUCAUAAUUUUGUAAAGUAUAAUUUGGAAUUUAAAUCGUCGCGGUUUUUUCCCUUGUUUACUGAAUAUUCUUCCCAAUCAUGACGGUACACCUCUUUUGAGCACCACCCUCUUAGAGUUGCAAUGCAUUUUGAACGGAGUUAUCAGAAGUUAUGACGAAAACAUUUAGAGAUCAAGCGACCCAACGAUGGAGUUGUUUACAAUGAGUUCCCGUUCAACUAUGAACAAAUGAAAUGCACUCAAACUAGUCACCAACGAAACGGUUAGACUGAGGAUUCAGACUUCGUUCCUGUUUUAUUUUUGUUUUUGUUUAAUUUGAUUUUUUUUAAUGAAUAAAGUCGUUCAAGACCGAAUCAAAUUAAUAGAUUUAGAAAGCCGUGCCGAAAUCAAGUUGAUUGUUAUUUUCUUUCGUAGAUGACUUUCUUGUCUUAGUUUUCACCGGCGCUGAUCAAAAACUAAAGACAUAAAAAAGUGCAAAACCCGAGCUAUUCUCAAAUUUUUUUAUCUCUGACUUCAAUUCGCAGAACAGUUUUUAGUCACGGUUAAAAUGACAAUGACAACAAAUAACACUGAAUAAUAUAGCAGGUAACCUUCGUGUUGUUUCAUUUUGAUAAACUUCAACAUGAAGCAAGCUUAAUUUAUUGAUGACAUGAUUCACGAUAAAAUUAACAGCAACCAUUCUUGGAGUUUUCAUACAUGGUUUAAGAAAUGUAUCAAAGAAAAGCCCUUACUUUGCUUAAAGCCACGCUCAAUUACAAAAGGUAACUGAGUCCUAAAAUCUUAGAUCGCUUGCUGACGAUCGUGUUUCCUUUCGGGAAUCCAGAAUAAAUGUAGCGGUAAACUUCCACAAAUUCACCGAAUAAAAUAAAGAAAGUAACCUGGUUAUAUUGGAAAUGAGUUCUGAAAUCAUUCCAAACAGCAUCAUCUCGUUUAUGAGUACACAAUGAACGCAAAUACUUGGCGUUUUGAUCACGACGGGAAAACCAGCGAAAUGACGUCCUGAACUUGAUGGGGAGAACGGCAACGCUAACACCGGAAGUCGAAAUAGAGUCGUGUCCAGAUUAUCCGCGCGCUUUCCCGUUCUGAAAUGACGUUCCCGUCCUCUUGCUAAACCACUCUAAUGAUCACUUGCUACAACUUCAUCUUAACACACGCUAUGACGAAGUCGCCACUUCGAACGAGCUGAACGAGGAAAGCGCAAACUUUGAUGUGAAGCCAGGAUUCUGGAAGAAGUUGUAUCUUAGAGCCAGUCAUGCUCUCUCAUUUAAAAACAGGAGAAGGGGAUGGUUUUCCAGUGUCGAAGGGGAAAGACUGUGCGCGGAAUUUGUAACCAAUCCGAGAGGACCUGAAAAUAGACGUGCGAUAAAUGGAAUUCGAUUUGACGACCGAGCACCGAAAAAGCAAAGCAUAGAACUAUGGGUGAAACUUAACACGAAGAAACCAGAUGGGAUAAUUAUUGGAUGCCAGAGUGAAUCAGUGAGGUAGCGAUCUGCUUUGUUUUGUACGUGCUAAACUUCACAACAUGUACAUACAGGGAGCUUGCGAAAACCACGGCAACGACGCAAAGGAGAGUGUCUUGAAACGAAAGAAGUAUAAGAAUGAACACACUUGCGUAUAAAUUUUAGUAGAUUUUUGUCCAUCAUCAGCAAACAGUAAUUUGAUUUUACCAACGAAGAACGUAGACGGCAAGGGCAAAUUUCGUAAGAAAUUAAUGGAUGAGGUUGAGCAUGAUAUCAUGAAUUAUCAAAACCGGUUUGAUAAUUCAUGAAAACGAAAAACCGAAAUUCAGUAAUUGUUUUGAUAUACAUUCUAUAAACAAUCUGCUAAAGAAGACGCUUCUCUCUCAGUUUGCCAAAGUUUGAGAGCACUACACGGACGAGGGGCUUGGAAACUAGGCAGACUUUGAACUCGUCAUGAUAAGUGCAUUAGGGCUCCACUUUACAGUAUGGGGCUCCUUACUAACCGAGUUUUACUUGUGAUACUUACAAAUUUUGAUCUGGUUUAUUCUAUUACUUUUGAUGUUAAUGUUUAAAAUCAGUAUUUUUCCAGCAAGUCUUCACUUGUACCAUAUCAUGUCAAAACACAAGAAGCAUCUUAUUAAUCUUACCUUAAAAUUUAACAUAUCAAGCUUCUCAAGUCAAUGUUAAACCUUGCAGAUAAAGUUAAACCUAGCUACUUUAAUUAUUAUGUAAUAUAAUUAACUAAGACGUAUGACAAACAGCCUUGGAAGAAAAAUUUCCUGGAAUAUAUGUCUGUGGAUCUAAUUUGUUCAGAAAAACAAACAGUUUUUCAAGAGCAAAGCUCAAGGGAAACAGACAGCUUAGAGAAUCAGAAAUCGUCAAAGAGAAGAAGCAAAUUAUUUCUUAUUCCCCUAAUCCCCCAUUGCUAUUAGGAUAAGCUAAUGAGCAGCUAUGUAAGGUAGUCUCACAAACAUACUUUACCUCAUCCACAGGUUAAUUAAUCUACAAAGGCAAGUUAAAAAGAGCACUUUAAUUUAUAUGUUUUCUUAUUGAUUUUUCUAUUUGUGUUCGUCUUAUUCAGGACAAGCAGGUGGCCUCAAUAUCACUGGCAGAUACUUCAUGUAGGUCCAGAUGGUCACAUUAGAGGUUCCCUAGAACCCUACAAGUACAUGAAAGGACCUUGCAUAAACAAUGGAAAGUGGCACCACAUUGCACUGGCUGCAUCUUCAGACUGGCAGUGCAUGUUUGUAAAUGGACGCAAGGUUUGCUCAAUAAAUUUUGGAAUUGGACAUGAACUUCACAGGUGCAGCUUUAAUCCUUUUUUUUUCAUAUAAACUGUGGUAGAUGUGGAGGCAAAGUGGUUUGUUGGAAGGGUGGAUAACACUAUCCACUGGAUAAGUUGGAUUGCGUUAUCUGCCCUUUGAAUGACUGAUUCCAGAUCAUUAAAGCUUGCCCUAACCACUGGCCAAGUUUGGCAAGAGCAGUCUCUCCUUUGGGGUGAAAUUGUCUCAACAGUAAAAAAAAAGUAGUGAAAAAAAAUUUUAGUAAGCAAGCCAUAGUAAACUCAGACUUCUGAGCAGUCCUGCUUCUAACACCACCUCUUCCCACCCAGGAGUGGAAUUAGUAGUGGCAAACAUUUAGGAAAACCUGUUAUAAAGCUGGUGGUUUUCCUAAAAGGGAUUACAACAGUGUCAAGAAGAAGUAGUAAUACUUAAAGUCAGUAAAGGCCAAGGUCAAUAUGAGAGAAAAUUGCUAUGCUAAAAUUUAAAAUAGAUUCACAAAACUUGGUUUUUUAUAAAAGGAAAUUUGCAAAAUAAUCACACUAACACUAAAAUCCAGGGUAGUAAGCAAUCUGGUUGUCACAGGAGUGUAACACAACAUACAUACUUUAUUUAAACACAGGGUGUGAACUCUUUACAGUACUAGGGUUCCACUGAAACAGCUGAUUUAAACACAUCAAAAAAUAAAAUACAAACUAGAAAUGUAAAAUGCUAGGCAACAUCAAUAGAAUAUAUAAUUGAAACUAUUAAAAUGCAAGAUUCAAUGAACAAACUAUUUGCCCUGUUACCAAAAGCCUCUUACUACUCUGUGGUUUAGCAUGUUAACUUCUAAAGAAACAUUAAUGGGCUUAACUCCGUAAUUUAUAGAAGGUAGAAUUUCUUUCCUUUAGAAUGAUUUCCUGUGUUUCUCUUAAAGGGAAAAUCCUCAGUCACUUUCAUUGUUGAAAAAUUUCCAAUUCAAUUUAGACAUAUACAAUGUUGAAAUGUAUUAGUUGAUGGACAAACUGCAACUCAGUUGGAGAGAGCUUGUCAAUACUUGAUUCCAUAGCUGAUUCUGCUCCAAUAUGUUAUGUUUAUACCCAUUGUCUUUCAGACAUUACAUGAAAUAUAGUCAGAUUGGUAAUGGUGUUAUCAGUCAUGGAGUGUGCACACCUUGGAGUGAUGAUGCCAUGCCUCGAGGCCAUUGUGGAUGGUAUCCUUUCAAUGGUUUGGUAAGAUCUACUGAAUAAGUUUCAUUCUUGAAAUAUUUUUUCUAAGGGCAUGAACACAAGUAGACAACUUUGUAUUUCAAUUUAGCCUCGUUGUAAACCAGGGGUGGGUACUUGUGUAUUGGGUGAGUAUGUGCUCUAGGGGUCUCUAGAUGGAAGUUGCUACAUGGAGAUGAUAAGAACUAAGGAAAAAGAAAACAAAAUGGCCCUCUGAAGCAUGCAAGAGUAUGAGUGCCCAAGAGGAUGCUGCAGACUGUAGACCUUAAUCUUUGAGGAAAGUAAAGCAAAACUAAAGCAAUCCUGAAUUUCUUUUUAUGCUUGUGUUUUGUAAUUUCUAUCUACCAAGGUAAGAGAGGUCCGCAUCUGGUCUUGCAUGCUGUCAGAAUCUACAGUGCGUCGAAACAUGCAUGUACAACGAAUUGACCUGGCUCAGUCAACAUCACAUGGCCACGACAGCAAUGCUCUGAUUGGCUACUGGCCUAUGAACAGACUUAUGUCUGGCCCAUGGCCAUGGCAAGGAUCUCUAGUAUCUUGUACAUCCCACUUGGAACCACACAGGGAGAAGCAUGUACAGCUAUGUAUUGUAUGUGCCAGUUUAGUAUGACACUGGCCUCACUCAAAAUGAUUAAAUCAAUCAGUGAAUUUAUCUUUAUUCACUUUGCCAUAUUGAUACAGUAUGGUGAAACGUUGUUGUAAUAUAUUCAGAAAGUGUGUUAUUGUAUAUUAAGAAAUUGAGUAGUGGUAAGGAAAUUAUUUCUUAUCUUUAUGCUCCAUCUACAUCAGUUUUAGUUAAAACUUGUAGCAUUUCGUAUACUUCAAGUGACCGUGAUCAGGUUAUACUAGAUUCUAGUAAAGACUCCAUGUAACCUGCUUGUCACCAGAAAGAACACUUUUACUGGUUCAUUUGGGAUCAGUAGCAGGCAAGGCCUUCUCAUAGGCAGCAUACGAUUCAUUCAAAUAGAAUUCAUUGAUGUGUGCAAGUCAAGGAAGUGACUUGAUGUCUUUGUUCAAUCUGAAUAUCAUGUCUUAUAGAUAUAUAGUGAAUGUGCAUUUAGGGCAGAGUCAUCAUAACAACUUUUAACAGAAUAAAUUGCACUAAUAAUUUCACACUCAAAUGCAC